AUGGCAAAGCUGUUGAAGAGACCAUUGAAGCUGGCCCUGAUCCAGCUGUCCACUGGACCAGACAAAUCGGCCAACCUGGCAAGGGCACGUUCCAAGGUUUUGGAAGCAACUUCGAAAGGCGCGACUCUCUGCGUCCUGCCCGAAUGCUUCAACUCUCCAUACGGCACCAAACACUUUCCCAACUACGCCGAAACGUUACUACCUUCUCCCCCAACGAAAGAGCAAUCGCCGUCCUUCCACGCGCUAUCCGAGCUCGCCAAAGAAGCCAAGGCAUAUCUUGUAGGAGGAAGCAUACCCGAGUACUGGGAAGAGACGAAGAAGUACUACAACACAUCUUUGACAUUCGAUCCGAAUGGAAAGCUCCUUGCAACACAUCGCAAGGUCCAUCUGUUCGACAUCGAUAUUCCGGGCAAGAUUUCGUUCCACGAGAGCGAAGUGCUGUCGCCGGGCAACAAGGUGACGAUCGUUGAUCUACCCGAGUACGGAAAGAUCGCCAUUGCUAUCUGCUACGACAUCCGUUUCCCUGAGCUUGCAAUGAUUGCAGCUAGAAAGGAUUGCUUCCUCUUGCUGUACCCUGGAGCUUUCAACCUGACAACUGGCGAGAUGCAUUGGGAGUUACUGGCACGGGGGCGGGCGAUUGACAAUGAGAUCUACGUCGGGCUUUGCAGUCCUGCACGAGACAUGAGCGCAGACUACAAUGCUUGGGGCCACUCGUUGCUUGUGAAUCCCAAUGCUUCCAUCCAGUCUGAGCUGGAUGAAAAGGAGGGUAUCGCUUAUGCCGACCUUGAUGGCGACACCAUUGAGGAGACGAGGAAAGGCAUUCCUAUUUAUACGCAGCGGCGGUUUGACGUCUAUCCAGAUGUCAGUGCCGGGAAAGUGAAGUAUGAAGAGUGA